CGAACAUUUUUCGACGGAGUCUAUUGGAACGACUAGGGCUAUCUGCGAGAAAAGGUCGAAGUUUUUUUUGCAACGUGCUGAUCCACAAGCAACCAGCUUGUAUAUGCUAUUUGGCGACAGCGCACUACACGCACGUUCCAUAUAGUUCCAGCUUACACUGGAAGCUCUCCAUGAUGGCGGACGACUGCCCCAUUUGCUGCGAGCCUUUUUCGCAGGCCGAUCACGCUUAUCCAUUGCAUUGCCCAACCCCCACUUGUGCCUUCAAUUUCUGCUGCAAUUGUGUCACUUCCAUCCAAAAGUCUGCUGCAGAUGGCUAUCAAGAAGCCUCCGACGGUUCUCGACAACUUAAAGUACAAGUCCAGUGCCCCCAGUGUCGGGGCAGCAGCACGUCCAAUAAUGCAAUUGUUCCUGCCGUUCUCUUAAUGCGGCAAGCUUCCGAGUUGGAGGCCGUAGUUUCGACGAAAGACUCAGACCUAUCGGCUACCGAGCUCGCCACCAAACACCAAUUUUGUCAAUCGUGGAGCCUGCGCGAUUUGAAAGAUGCCUUGGAAACGUUAGAAACGUACCACUACGAAAUCGGGAAAAAUAUCGGUCGGUCGAGUUUAGCGACGCUAGACUGGGAGUCCUGGGCCCACGCUUUACCGGAACAGGCCUCCGGCAACAAUAUGAGUUGUUUACCAUCAUGCAUGACCGGAGAUGGUGCCAAACACCCUAGCUCGGUAGAGAUAGACCCUUCAUUGUUUUUAGGACUGGACGAGUUCGUGACGCGAGAUGAGCAAGUCUUUGUUCACAAUCUCCUAACAUCCGGUGAUGUACAAGGUCUGGUUCAGGCAGCACAAAUAUUGCAAUCCAUCUUGCAACUUGCUCAAUCCGGUACCGCUACGAUACAAUCGGCAUCAACCAAGACACCAGUGCAGUUACAGAGCUUGCGCGAACGCUUUCCUCUUCCAGCCCGAAUGCCUCGUUCCGUCAAUUUGCCCGUCUAUGAUCCUAUGGCAAAAUACAAGUUGCUCAAGUUUGACAACAAGAAUACGCUGGAGAUUGCCUCACUCCACCACGGGGCCGGUAAACUGGGCUUGCGCAAGCGAGACGUGGUAACGCAUCUGGAAGGCGAAGCAAUCUUGGAUUACGAUGCCUUUGUCAGUAUGCUACAAGCCUACUACGAACAAGAUCCGGAAACCUCUCUAGCCUUGGUUGUCAAUGCAGACAAAGAAACGGCACAAGCUCUGCAAAGACGUUCGCAAACCAUUAUUUGCGCAUCUACGCGUAGGCUUUGA